AGAAGGUAGGGGGGAUUGAAAAUAAGAAUGCUAACACAUAUACACCCACUUGCAUCUAAAUACUAGCUUAAGAUUUAUUAUACAUGGCAUUGCACAGCAGAGGGAGGAGGAAUUCUGAGGUGUACAGGGUGAAGAGGAAGGGAGACUGUCCCCUGUGGAGCCCCUGUGCUGCACACCACAGUGUCAGACACAGUUCUGCAGGUGGACGUACUGGUCCAUGAUCCAUGAGAUCAGGGGGGGCUCAACCUGCAUGUCCUUCAAUUUCUCUCUCAGCAGCGCAGGCUGGAUGGUGUUGGAUACUGGAGAAAUCGAAAAACAUGAUCCUCACUAGGGCGCCAGGCUUGUCCAGGUGGUUGUAGGUGCUUUAUACACUGCAAAAUUAAUGACACGAAAAUAUUUUGAUGAAUGCGUUUCAUAUCUCCAUGAGUGGGUAAAUAAUUAUGGGUUUAAACAAUGAUUGAAAAGUGAGAUUAAGGGGUAGGACUACAUAAGUCUAAUUUCUUCCUAUUCCAUUCAAGCAUGUACUAUGUAAAUCGGAAGCUGUUUAGCAUUUUCUUGUAUAUGUGUGGAAUUGUGUGUGUUGAUAUAUCGGCUGUUUUCUACAUGUUUGAAAGAAUUAAAGUUGAAUAUAAGUUGGCAUCUUAUUCACUGGCAGACUGCAUGCAUUUUUCCACCCAAGAGGAACACUCAGAGUGACCAAUCAACCUAAUGCAUACUUUGGGACCGUGGGAGAAAGCCAUGUUCACAGGGAGAACAUGCAAACUCCACACAGAAAUGCACCCGGCCCGCCCUAGGAAUCAAACCCAGCUGUGAGGCGACAGUGCUACCUACUGGACCACCAUUCCACCCUUCUUGUAAUUAUGCGAUGGCAUUUGCUUGAUGAAAGGAGAAAAGUGUCAAGUCUAAAUUUGAGAUUAUGUUAAACGGGAUAAAUCAGUAAUUUUAGGGAAUAGGCAGACCUCUCUCUAAAAGUUCCGCCACUGACUGUGCAUGUCCUCCGACUCCAAACUUGGCAAUGCCCGAAUGAUAUCUAUAGAGUGAAAUUCCCGCUGUAACAUAUUUUUUUAUUAAUAACAUACUUCUUUCUUUUUUAGUCACUUCUCAGUCUUCAUUAGUUUCUUACUUUUUCUAUCCUUGGUGUGUCAAACUUUCCUUUUUAUCUUUUCAGAUUUUUUGUAACUUUUUUUAAAGGCAGAACUGCCAGGGAGGAUAACGUGGCGGAACCACAUGCACAGCUCAGAAACAGCAGAUGAACGACUUCAUCGCUGCAGCUUCACUGACGUUCUUAAAGCUGCCAUGAAGCACAUUCCUCACAUCCAUCACUUUCUCCUGGAUCCCAGCAUCGCUGCACGAGAGGCUGCUCCUCUGUCACUGCUGAAAGAAGACGGAAGCAUUUACAACGUUUGCACCCGUCAUGCAUGUGUUCACAGUAGUGUCCAUCCCUUCACUUCACUGAUUGUUCUGCUGUUUUGCUCAUUAGCUUCCAUCCACUGACUAGUGGCUUCAGAGGUUGAGCCUAAUAAACCAGCUGAGCGCAUAAACAGAAGCAUGGAGGCGUCGUCUCUACACUGUCUGACCGUUUUGAUUUCACUGUUUUGCUCCACAACAAACCAAGCUCGUUUGACUCUCAGUUCUAAAAGCUCUCAGCUGUUUGAACGAGACGCUCUGUACAUGAAGUGCGACGAUGACGACGGCUCUGAUGAAUGGACGGUGAUGAGGAACACGAGCAAAAAAAACAUGACUCGAUGUGGAGACGAUUGGGGACGAUCAAAGAACUCAUUCUGUGUCAUCAAUAACAUCUACCCAUUUGACAGUGGAGUUUACUGGUGCGAGUCCAGCUCUGCAUCCAGCAGCAGCAGCAGCAGCAUCAACAUCAGUGUCUCUGGUGGAUCAGUGAUCCUGCAGAGUCCUGUCCUCCCUGUGAUGGAGGGACAUGAUGUCACUCUGCACUGUCAAACAAAGAGCCCUCCCUCCAAGCUCCCAGCUGAUUUCUAUAAAGAUGGCUCCCUCAUCAGGACUGAGCCUACAGGUCACAUGACCAUCCACCGUGUCACCAAGUCUGAUGAAGGAGCCUAUAAAUGCAGCAUCCAGGCUUGUGAGGGACCCUCCACCACCACUCCUCCUCCUCUUUUCUCUUCGUGUCCUCUCUGCGUCUGGUGGCCUUUAAAGUCCCUCUUUGUUCUGGUUCUGAUGCUGAUGUUAGUGAUUUUCCUGCUGAGACAGAGAGGUUCAGAAGAAUCUAAAGAUGAAACACGCGUUUCUGAAUUGAAGCCUUCACCGUAACAUUCAGUUUCUCCUUAUCUUCCAAAUAUUAAACUAAUAACCUACA